AAAAAGGUAGUGUUUCGUAUGAAAAUUUAGACCUGUAGAGAACGAUACUUUUGAAUUCUCAACCCUUCAAGUUUUUGGGUUAUAGGUUUUGUGGAAAAAUGGGAAAAGCAAACGUUAGAAGAAGGAAUCAAAGAAAAAAUAGGUUAAAUCCUUUAAAGAAACAAGAUGGAGCCAUCAAGGAAUUGCCCUUGGAUCUAAAAGAAAGUGCUUUACCAGUUCUUUCGAGACUUGAAAAUCCCGAAGCGAAAGAAAGAUCAUGGGCUGCUAGUGCUAUUUCUAGUAUCAUUGUUAGCAGCUCAGAGGGACGCUUGCAGUUAUUAAAGAAUGGACUUGUUUCUAAGCUUAUGAAUCGUUUGACCGAUGACUCUAUUGAGGUCGUUGUCGAAGUUACAGGUGCUCUUCGAAAUCUUGUCAUCGAGGAGGAAUAUGCUGUCCUUAUAGACUUGUACAGAAAAAACAUUCUUGCUCCUUUAGGGACUUGGCAGGACAAGAUUGAUUCGUUUAUAGAAAACAUCGUACAAGAGAAAACGAAGUUAGAAAGUUACGAAGACAAAGGAUUCUUUAGCUGUCUUUGCGCUAUAGCUGAAAAUGUCGCAUCUUUGUAUCUUAAUCUUGGUGAAACAACUUUUCAAGUCCUUAACUCUCUUAACCAAAGGAAUGUGCUUUCAUUUCUUUUCCGCUUAAUUGUACCUGCGGCUAAGGUUCCCUUGCCUGUCGUUGAAACAUCAUUACAAGCUUUAUUUACUUUAACCGAUGAUAACGACAAUGGUCUAAUGUCUUUCCUUCAAAAUCCUAACAAUACACCCGAUGCUAUUAUUGAUCUUCUUCACUUUUACAUGAAGAGUGAUUCACCUCUAGCAAAGGUUUACUCAGUAGGCUGUUUAUUCAAUAUUUAUCAAUCUAAAGUGGUUGCUAAAAAUUUUGGUGAGCUUUUAUCUUCUGAAAGCUUGUUGGAAAUUUUAUCUAAUGAAUCUCUUCCCAUUUUAACAGCUUUGCUUCCAGAUGAGCAAUCUUACCUGAAUUUCGUUGAUCGUGAUUUACAAUCUUUUAAAAAGAACGGAGUCACUCAGCUUAAGGACGAGGAAGCAAUCCUUUCUCCCGAUCUUUUGGUAGUACCCGCUGCUUUGGAAAUCCUGUCCUCUUUGACAUCUCUGCUUCAGAGCCUUGCCGAGGGUCAUGUUGAGGAAGAGUUUGGAGAUUCUUUCGUUGCAGAAGAUGAUAGCAGCAAAAACUUGGAGGAUCUAUCAAGUAUUGUUGAUGAGGAACCAAUGAACUCAGAUCAGCCCAUGGACGUUGAUAAUGCAAGCAAUGAAAAGUCCAAUUCCAAACUAAUUGAAUAUAUGCUUGACUCUGUUUUACCAAAGUUAAGCUCAUACUUUAGUUGGCUUUCGAAGUUUUCCUCCAAUGAUGUCCCCUCUAAUUUGAGAAGUUAUUUGUUAGAAGUUUCUGAAAGAACCAUAGAAUGCUUGAACAAUGUAUCAUGGUCCUGCAAUGGUGUCUUUAAUGAUAUUUCUGAUUCUUCUAAAAAGUGGAAAAUGCAGGCUACCCAACUCGUACAGUGGCUUUUCCAAAGUAUAUUUGCAGGGUUACAUAACAACUCUUGGCCAUUUAGCGCUGAUACCUUCACAGUUAGUUGUGGGCUGCUUUGGGCAGCUGCUAGAGCCGCCCCAGAAGUUUCAAAUUCAAUUACUGCUGAAGACAUCACCUCGUUAAUUCAUUAUGCUUCAGCUCAUGGAUCUUUAGAUGCACAGGUCCGCAUUUUUGGUGCUUUUGCUACCUUAGGUCGCACUGACAACAUUUCAGUUAAUGAAAUAAUAGGACAGACUUUGUUUUCUUGUCUUUCCUUGUCAGAGCCUAAUCCACAAUUAACCGUUGAAGCACUAAACACUAUAUACGACGUUUAUGGCGAUAAAUCUUAUCCUUAUGACGGCCCUGUUUUCCAGCAGAGGAACUAUUUACAAACGUUGGCUGAGUCUUUACCCAAGAUUUCUCAAAUGGUUAAACGUAUAAAUCGUAAAAGCGAUGGUUUGCUACGCUUUCGAGCUGAGGAAGCUUUGGAAAAUUUGGAUGCAUUUAUUGAAUACAAACAGUCGGAAUAUACUGGUAAUUAGCUUUUUUGGUAAUAAUGUUAAUAAAUCUUGGCAAAUACUAUAGGA